AUAGUAAACACACUUUCCUUCCCGCCUGGAACCAAGAACAACCCAAAACAAAGCCAACAGGCAGAGGAGAUCAAAGCAGACGAUUUUGGUGAUUGAAUGAGACCAUGGGAAGAGGCUUCCUAAUAACCCACAUAGAGGCAGCGCUACUGGUUCUCUUGCACUCCCAUGCAUCACUGGCAUUGGCAUCAGAAACUCCGUUUCGGAGAGGCCUGGUUCCAACUUCGCUCGGGCUGGUUCAUUACCAAAUGAUUGGGGACAUUCAAACGGCCGCUGCCUCACGUCUACUUCCCAUCGUGGGAUUUCACAUGUCACCCCGUUCGGUGGACGAGUACAAGGAAGUCAUGGAGUUGUCGUACCAGGUGGAUGGGAAUGCUCGAAUCUUUGUAGCCAUUGAUGAGUUUGGCUAUGGCCAGUCGGACAAUCCCACCCAGAGUUGUUCGAUCGAUCAAAUGGCAGACUGCUUCCUGCAGGUCUUAACUCGGUUGGGAAUACAGAGAUGUAUCGCAGCUGGAUCCUUGAUGGGAUGUUACAUUGCACUCUCUCUGGCCGGUCGAUAUCCCGAACGAAUUGUUGGGGUUGUAUGCUCCAAUCUCUACUACUUUCAACCAGCCGCGCGGGAAAAGGCGGUCUGUGAUGCCCGUGAAAAUACUAGUAGUAGCCAGGAUGGUCGCGCCAUUGCUGUUGUGGAUCCAUGGACACUCAAAGACGAUGGAUCGCAUAUCGGUGAAAUAUGGGACAAACGGUCGAGUUGGUUAUCCCCGGAACUCAAUACACGUGCUACACUCGAUAACUUGAUUUAUCUAGUCAAACGAAGAGAACGCUACGCCAAGGGUAUUUACAUCCCUGAUGGAGGAGCCUUUCCCUUGCCAGAUGCAUGCUGGCAGUCAUUUUGUCCCGUCUUGUGUAUCAAUGGAGCAGGAGCCAUUGAGUUCUUUGACAAGAUUGGCAUGGACAUGACAGGCCAGUUCCAAGAAGCAAUGACAUUCUUUGUCAGUCCACCAAAACAAGUCGUGAUGGAAGGGAGCAUCAACAUGCUUAACGAGAAUCCAACAGAGUGGCUCGGCCAUGUUGUGACGCUUGCCAAACAGAUUGAAGGUGCUUAGUAAAGGUACCGGUACUGGACUACUGGUUGUGAUCAACUACAUGCAUCUGUAGUCGUUCGUGAAAGAGUCAGUAUUGGAUUGUGUGUCACCUUCCCGCUAGGGUGUGGUGUGACACUGCAUGCUCUGUCCCCUUUCUCGGCAAGUUGCUUUCGGCCAAAUAAAUCUCUGUCUUCAGCGGGGACGUGCGGAUGACUAUCGAGUCAACUUACUUGUGACGGUCGCACUGAUGUUGGCGCUUUCACAAAGGGUACGCCGAGCCUUCAAUUUUGGGGUGUCGAUUCAAUAGAUGUGUUGGUGACAACACGGCCGCAGAAUGAAAACAUUGAUUGUCUAGUAUUAAUGAUACGAUAUGAUAUGGACACUGUUAUCUCCUGUACAAAACUGGCUGACACGUAGCAAAAGGUGUGACAACUCGCUAACACUGGCUAGCUAGCUAGUGGAAGCCACAACCUCUGUGGCUUCAUCAGUAUAGUGCGUGUGAGCAUGCUUCCAAUACCAGAGGCCAGCUCCAACAGCCGCCACAACCCCCAAACCAAACAGCAUUGUGCUUUCGUCUUCCUGUCGAGACAAGUGUAAGGAGGACGUCGUCGACGACGAAUAUCGCCUUGCUGAACGGCAGCUUAUUGCCAACUCAUCACCACGAUCCACAACUGGUUCCACAGGUUGGGUUUCAUUGCUCCGACUGGCACAACCGUGAUGAUUGUCGCCUGCAGCAUUUUGAGUUUCCGCAGCGGCUCUGCUCUCGGCACAACACAGUGCAAUCAAGUCUGGUCGUUGCCGCAACAGUUCCACAAUGGUUCCAGCGUCGACCGCCAAGUUUUCGCGAAUGGGGAUGGCCGCCAGUUGAAAAGGAUAGAGUUGUGUGACGGGGUCUUUGAUGGCCACAACUCGAGGCGCCGCCAGGAACAAUUCUUGGACACCGCCUUUCCAGGUGUGUCGAUUGGCCAAGGCAAUGUGUAAUGGAUACCGUCCCUCUUUGUCCAUGGCGCCUUUGUCGCUACUGCUGCAAUCCUCUCUUCGUUUCCCAGUUUCUUUGUCAUAGUAAUCCCACAUGGAAUGUAAACGGACUAGUGCUGCUUCUGGAUAUUGCCGU